AUGGACCCCUGCCCGGCCCUGUCCGGCCCCUCCCCAGCAUCCUUUGUGCGAGCCCUCUGGUUCGGGCCCCUCUCCAGCUCCCAGCCCAACGACCUCGACUACGACUCUCCCGCCUGGCCCAUCACCCUCAUCCACCAGAUCCUCGCAUGCACAAUCAACCUCACCUCUCUCGCCGUCGUCCUCCUCGGCCAGCGCACCUGGCACCGCCUCGCCGGCAUCGACUACCCGCACCUCUCCUGUGCGCCCGCGCUCCGCACCGUCACGUCGCUCGACACCUUCAUGGUCGACGCCGAGGUGCGCGCGCUCGUCCACGCCCCGAGCACCGUCCGCGCAGUGCGCCGCGUGUACUCGAACGUGAGCCCCGCCGAGCUCGCGUUCGCGCAACUUGCGUGCGUCGACGACGCCGCGCCCGCGCUCGAGCGGUUCGAGAUCGUGUGCUACGCGGCCACUGCGACGGGCGCGCGCGCGUCGCUCGACGCCAUCGCCGAGGGAUGGGAGUUCGACCGGGAGCGGGUGGUGCUCGUGGGGAAAGAGCAGGUGGUGGACUCGGACGGGAGGACGAACUCGGUCGCGGCGUUUCAUGCGGACUGGCUUGGGUACGUGCCAUUAUAG